AUGAUAACUUUCAGGUGUUAUGCUUUGGACGAUUUGUUGAUGAAAAGUGAUGCCAUUUCAUUGCAUUGCUUAUUGACGGAUGAAACUCGACACAUCAUCAAUGAGCAAACACUGAAACAAUGCAGACCGGGUGUAUUCAUCAUUAAUACGAGUCGAGGAGGUCUCAUCGAUGAGGCUGAUCUCGCUAGUUUUCUGAAAUCCGGUCAUGUCCGAGGUGCCGCCUUGGAUGUUCAUGAGCAGGAACCCUAUGAAGGAAACAUUAUGAAUCCGCUUUCUCAAUGUCCUAAUGUGAUACAUACACCUCAUGCGUCAUGGUUUUCUGAUAGCUCCUGUAAAGAACUGAGGGUUAAUGCUGCUAAAGAGGUACGGCGUGCAAUUCUGAAUCGGUUUCCGAACGAUUUGCUCAAUUGUGUGAACAAGGACCAGCUGCUAGCCAAUGGUGGUGGUGCUCGGAGAGCACUUGCCGCUGCCGCUGCUGCUGCCGCGAACCAACCUGGUCCCAGCAGUUACAAUCCACUUGUAGGGAUGCAAAACUUUGGCUUCAAUGGUUUACCGCAAAUGAGUCAGAUGGGUGCGUUCCCAUACGGAAAUCCGUUGCUGGCCAUGGGCGGUAUGAACCUGAACCCGUUGUUGAUGACGCCAAAUUCGGCUGCUUUGGCUCAAUUCGCGAAUCCAGCAGCGGCACUUUCAACGCUAGCUGCACAAACUUCACAAGCACCUGUGGUGAAUGUGGGAUCUCCUGCUCUUAACGCAACUCCGAGCCCUAAUGCGACUUCUGGAAAACUUGCAAGUCCACAAAACGGAGGAAUUACGCCACCAUCUCCGUCGAAUGCCGAAGUCCCUGUAUCCUUGUCGGCGAAUUUGCCUGGCGCAACGGGUGCAUCUGGAGAGGAGAUCCGUUUGAAAACCGAAAAAGAGGAACCAGUUGAAGUAAACGGGCAAGGAGAGAACGAGCUGAAUGGUACUAACGACUAG